UGACAGUUGAAAAAAAAGCAACAGUCUUUAAAAAAAAAGAAGAAAAGAGGAAGCAGUGAAAUGCUGCGGUAGUGUCAUCGCGUAGAGAAUCUAAAUGUUUCUGCUCCUGUUUUUUGUGUCGCAAUUUCAGUUGAUCAUAGCAUUUAUCGCUUUAUUUCGUGGCUCGUUCUCUAUCAUCUAUCCUACAUUUGAGUGGGGCGCCAUUCCUUGCUACAUCGAAGAAGCACACCGCUCCGGCUUUAGAGUCGUAUCUGUACAGACUGUGAAAAGGAGGCGGACGAGAAAUUACCCGCUGGUUGUGGACUUUGCCUUUCCUUUGGCGUAUUAACGCGUUUACGAUUGUGUUUAAUGCACACCUUGCCUAUCCGGCACGUUCGUUGCUGAACGGCGAACGAAUUGCUGGCAGCAGCGUGUAUUUUCACAUUCGUCAUCGUCGUAAAUUUGGCGCAGAACAACACGAGUGGAACAAUAUUCGAUUGGAAAACAGUACCAGCACUAGGUACGAAAGAAUAAGACAAACGUGGUGCGAUAAAGUAAGAAAGAGCGGGAGUGUCCAAGCGAGAAAGCAAGAGUGUACGGGGGGGACCGUGUCCGAACAUGGAAUGUAUCACAAUCCUGAACAUCCUGUAAAGUUUGCAAUCCCCGACAGCGAAGGAACUGAAGCGCAGUGUUCUACAUGUAAGCGCACCAGUGAUUGUAUCGUAUGCCAAACCGCUGGGGCUAACUGGUGUUGUGAUCGAUCAUCAACAAGUGGAACUUAAUAUUUCUAAGUACACCUGAAAGGUAGCUAGGUGCGUUUUUUUCUUCUUCUAAGAAACAAAGAGAAAUAUAUACGGGAUACGGAAACAGCGGAAACAAACAAACGACGAUCAUAGCAAACCUUUCCGACGAUCUAUUGGUGCUGUAAGUGUGUGUGUGUGUUUUGAAUUCCUGUUGCAUUGUACAUGCGAUCAAGAAGCAGUGCAGAUUAGCAAAAAAGGUGGUUUAUCAAAUGUAAAGCAAAAAAUAAAUACACACACACACACUCACACAAACACAAUGGCAAGUAAGAAACCAAUGGACGAGGCUCGUAGGGCACGAUUAAUGGCCCUGGAGGAGCAAAUUCGUGAUCCGGCAAGUAUCAGCAACAUCGACUGCCUGCUGGACACACUGACCGCACUAGUGGCGGACUGUGAUCAUGAGAAUGUGAAAAUAAUUAAGAACAUAGAAACGUUCAUUAAGCGAUACAAAAAUUUAGCCCGCGACAUCACGACGCUGCGCAUGAAUCCGAGCGAUUUCAUCUUCAUCAAACUUAUUGGACGCGGUUCGUUCGGCAAGGUGUUGCUAGUGCGGCACAAAACCACCGAGCAGGUGUACGCAAUGAAACGGCUGUCCAAGUACGAGAUGAUCACACGUUCCGAUACGGCAUUCUUCUGGGAGGAGCGAUACAUCAUGGCAAACGCAAACUCCGAUUGGAUCGUGAAGUUGCAUUUCGCUUUUCAGGAUGCAAAAUACCUUUACAUGGUGAUGGACUUUAUGCCCGGUGGUGAUAUCGUCGGGCUGAUGAACGUCUACGAGAUACCGGAGAAGUGGGCACUGUUUUACACGAUGGAGGUUGUGCUGGCGCUGGAUACGAUCCACCAGAUGGGGUUCAUCCAUCGGGACGUUAAGCCGGACAACAUGCUGUUGGAUAAGUACGGUCACCUGAAGCUGGCCGAUUUCGGUACGUGCAUGCGUAUGGAUAGCGAUGGGUUGGUGCGAUCGUCCAAUGCCGUCGGAACGCCGGACUACAUUAGCCCGGAGGUGUUGCAGUUUCAGGGCGCUACGGAUGGUUACGGGCGCGAGUGCGACUGGUGGUCGUUGGGCAUUUUUCUGUACGAAAUUUUGAUCGGCGAUACGCCGUUCUUCUCCGACAGUCUGCUCGGUACGUACAGCAACAUAAUGGAUUUUAAAAAUUGCCUUCAUUUUCCGGACAAUGCACCGAUGAGCGAGAAUGCGAAAUCGCUUAUUAAAGGCUUCCUGACGGAUCGUACGGUGCGGCUCGGGCGCCAUAGUGUGGAGGAAAUUAAAUCUCAUCCAUUUUUCGUGAACGAUACCUGGACGUUUGAGAAUGUGCGCGAUUCCGUACCGCCGGUAGUGCCGGAACUGAGCGGUGAUGAUGAUACGCGCAACUUCGUCGAAGUGGACCGUAAGAACAGUAUUGGCACGAGCUUCGCCACGCCAACCACGUUCGUUGGUGAUAAUCUGCCAUUCAUCGGGUUUACCUACUCGCCUGAUUAUCAGCUGUUGAGCGGCGAUGGUGGAAAUAACGGUGACAACUCGACGGAGGACACCACGGACAAUAAGGAGGCAAAGGCACACCACCAUCGGCUGUCGAACAAUGCGGAGCUGAUGCGGCUAGAGAAUAUGCUGCAGCGUGAAAAGCAAGCGGUAGAAACGCUCGAAAAGCAGGAACGAACACUUCGCCAACAGAUCGAACUUAUCACCAAGCGAGAAUCGGACAUACAGACGCUUGCGAACGAGUACGAGCGUGAUCUAACGAUGCUGAAGCACAGCCAUCGUGAGGUGCAGCGACGUGCGGACGUUGAGCAGGAAACGCGGAAAAAGCUCGAAACCGUGCUGGUGGAGACGAAACAGCGGCUGCAGGAGGAGCGUAGCAUGCGGACGCGGGAAAUGAACAACCUGCAACAGUACACCGACCGCAUCAGUGCGCUCGAGAAGCAGCUGGCCGACGUGCAGGAAAAGUACAAGGCGGAGGUCGAGACCGGCCAGAAGUGUAAAAAGCAGAUCGCGGAGCUGCGCAUGUUAAGCAGCAAUGCCGAACAGAAGGCGCUCGAUCUGCAGUCGAUGCUGCUCGGGCUGACAACGAUGCGUGAUAUGCUGCAGCAGGAGAUGACCGAGCUGCAGAGCCAGCUGGCGCAGGAGCGCAACACGCGCAUCAAGCGCAUGGAGCUGCAGAAGGAGCUCGAGGUGAAGGUGCAAUCGAUGUGCGCCGAUAUGGAGCGUAUAUCGGCCCGCGAGCAGCAAGCGUUCGCCGACAACCGGACGCUGGUCGAUCGAAUUUCCGAGCUGGAAAAGGAGUACGCAUCGGUCGAGUGUGAGCUGAAGGCGGUUCAAAGCCGUUACGAGCAGGAGGUACAGGCGCAUCAGGAAACGGCCAAGGCACGGUUGCUGAACAACGAGGAAGCAAACAUGCAGGAAGUGAAAGCACUGCAAAAUAAGCUUACCGAGGAAAAACUGGGCCGCCAAAAGGCAGAACAAAACUCGCAAGAAAAGGAACGCCAACUGUCCAUGCUGUCGGUAGAUUAUCGUCAAAUUCAACAGCGUUUGCAAAAACUAGAAGGCGAAUACCGACAGGAAUCGGAAAAGGUAGUCGCACUGCAUAGUCAGCUGGAGCAGGAGCAGAGCAAAAAGAAUAGCUUGCUGUCCGAAAUUAGUCUUCAAAGCUCGGAGGUCGCACAUCUGAAGUCGAAGGAAAUGCAAUCGCAGAAGGAGCUGCAGCAAUUGCGCGAUACGCGCAAGAAGCUGGAGGAGGAUGUGACGAAUAUUAAAAAGCAGCACAACACGGACAUACUGCAGAUGAAGGAAGUUCAGGACCAGCUGGAGGUAGAGCAGUAUUUCUCCAAAUUGUAUAAAACGCAGUACAACGAGUUGCGCGAAGAGAUGAAGGAUCGUAUGCGUCAGCUGCAGAAGCUUGAUGAGGAACGGUGCAACAUUAUGCACCAACUGCAGCUGGCAAAUGCACGCGCCGACACAGAAGCACUCGCACGUUCGAUCGCCGAAGAAACGGUAACCGAUUUGGAGAAGGAAAAAACGAUGAAGGAGCUCGAACUGAAGGAUAUGCUCACGAAACAUCGCAACGAGCUGAUGGCUAAGGAGGGUGUGGUUACAUCGCUGAAGGACGUCGAGGCCGAGCUGAAAAAGUCGCUCGGCAACAAGGAGUACGAGCUGGAGGAUAUGAUGCAGCAAAGCAAGAAACAGCAGGAGGAACUGUACCGUCUCAAGUACGAGCUCGGCGAGCUGGACAAGUGUCGGGCGAAGCUGGUGAACGAAACCAUACUGAAGCAGCAGGCGGUUAACAAGCUGGCAGAAAUUAUGAACCGCAAGGAUAACAACCUGACGAGCAAGCAGAAGAUGAAGGUUAAUUCGACCGCCGAGCUACGGAAGAAGGAGAAGGAGAACAAACGACUGCAGCAGGAGCUAUCAGUUGAGCGCGCCAAAUAUGACGAACUGUGUCAGAAGCACAAUGAAACGAUUAGCCAACUAUCGCGUGAAAUAGACAUCAAAACCAAGCUUCAGAUGGAAAUCGAUUGUAAGGCGACAGAGAUUGAGCAUCUGCAAAUAAAGCUGAUCGAGACGGCAUCACUAUCGUCGGUCGAUAACGACAUGAUGGAAGAAAAUCAAGACUCAAUCUUCGAGGGUUGGCUCAGCGUACCGAACAAGCAGAACAUUAAGCGGCACGGUUGGAAACGCCAGUUUGUCGUCGUAUCGCCGAAACGAAUAAUUUUCUACAGUUCGGAGCUGGACAAGCAAAAUACGAGCGAUCCGUUGCUAAUCAUUGAUCUGAGUAAGGUGUUUCACGUGCGUCCUGUAACGCAAGGUGACGUUAUUCGUGCCGAUCCCAAAGAGAUACCGCGCAUCUUUCAGCUACUUUAUGCCGGCGAGGGUGAGGCACGUCGUCCGGACGAACAGCAGCAAUCGGACGUUGCUUCCUCCCGUAGCGAUGAGAAGCCUCUAACGCUGCAGUACAAAGGCCACGAGUUCCUCCAAAUAAGUUACCAUAUUCCAACAACAUGCGAUCUUCCAUCGUGCCAGAAAACGCUCUGGCACGUGUUCAAAUCACUGCCGGCGUAUGAAUGCAAACGUUGUCGAUUCAAGCUGCACAAGGAGCACGUGGACAAUAAUAACCCGCUAGCACCGUGCAAGCUGCAUCACGAUCCAAACCAUGCGCGUGAAAUGCUUCUGCUUGCCGCCUCGAACGAUGAUCAGCACCGUUGGGUUAGCCGUUUGUCCAAGCGCAUUCAAAAGAGUGGCUAUAAGGCUAACUCGAACAACAACGUCGGUACGCUGGGAGGCAGUGCCAGCAGCUCGACCGGUGGCAGUAGUGUUGGUGGUGGUGGCGGCUUGGGUAACAACGGUAACAAUCUACCGUCCGGCAACUCCAGCACCAAUAUGGAUUCAACGAAGGUUUCACCAAGCCAAUCUGCUCGAUCAAAUAACAAACCAAAUUCGGCAGCCGUAGUACAACGUUCAGCCACCCUGCCAACCAAUGCUUCCCUAAAGCAAUCGCCACCGUGAUCAACGUGAUAUACUGGCUUGGCUGCAAAAUAUUCCGCUUCCAUUCUUGGCCGUGUCUUGGCCGGGAUUGGGAUCCGCUACACGGUUCUGUUAUGUUAAGCGAGGGAGUCAUUACCAAUCUGCACCUAGGGAGCCGCCCCCCAAAUAUUACUACGUUUAUAUUCUAAUUCAGUUUUCCAACUAAUUUUAUCACCGUUUCUUAACGACGCAGUGACUGUUUUGCACCUUGCUUAUUUUCGUAUAUUCUUUCUUUUUUUCCAUUCCAAAAAACCGUCCGUUGAUGAAAACUUGUGCAUUUAUCCUUUAAGCUAUUUUAUUUAUUCCCGUUUUUUUUGGGUGUCGAAAACCGUUUUCAAUACGGAAUGAACUUCUGUAAAGGAAUGGAUUUCAUUUGCUAAAUUUUGUAUUUGUUAUAAUCCGCAGAAAAACAAUCAAAUAUAUGCGCACGAAGAAUCACAAAUGGAUUGUAAUAACAAAAGCAAAAAAAGAAGAUUGACGGAACAACAUCAUACAGCUAAUUUGCUUGAAUUGACGGAUUUCGAACACAACUAUUGCAUUUUUUUUAAAAUGAUCGACUAACGAAAAUAACGUUCGAUGAGUUGACCGAGCCAUGCACCGAUGUGCGAUCGAAUAAUCGGCAGUGGAAUGGAACCGAUGUGCAUUUAAAAAAACUACAUCCAUUGGAAUCAUUUAUUUUACAUCUUGAAGCAAACCCGCUAAUUUCAAUUAUACAAUUGAGCACGAAAAAAAAAGAAAUUCGGACCAUUUAAUAAAUUUAAUAUGUAAAGAGCGAGAGAGGGAGAGCAAACGCAAAAUCGGGUUUAAAUGUAACAAUACAGCCUGCGACUAUAUUAUCCUACUAAUAUGUUUAUCUCUCUUCAAUCGAUUUUUGUUUUGUUUUUUAAGAAAUAGUAUGGCUAAAAUAUGUGUACAAACCGCGCGUACACCAUCCAAUUUUUGGCGUUGCCAAAGAGACAGGCAUAUUACUAACUAAGCGAAUGUUCAUAUUGAUUUGUAGUAUUAUUUGUAAUAAUGAUUGUCCGCUGCGAUAAAAAAACAAUUCUGGUGGUGAUUACUUUUCACCAACCCAAAUGCCAUGUUGAAGGAUACUAUUUGCUGGUGUUAAGAAGAAAAGGAAGAAGAAGAAGAAAAAACACAAAAAAAUAGUGGAUGCAUAAAUGACAGAAGUACGACUGCGAUAAAACCAAUUUUCUACUUUUCCGCCCCCCACCCCCCAUUUUUUUCAGUAUCUAAUUUCAUCUGUUGCAUUCCUGUAUGAUAAACACAACGAUAUUCCGUAGUAAACGAUGUAUUAGUUGUUUUUUUUUUUGUAUUAUUCCUAGGAUCAAUCUAAGCUCAAUCAUUCAUGAAAAAAACUACUUUUAGCAAACUGUACGGGAAGUGAGAAGUUUCUUUGUUUUGUUUUGUAAAAAGUCGUUUAUGGUAGUCAGCAGGUUGAAGAGGUAGAAGAGAGCAGAAUAAUUAGCAGAUCUACAUAAAGCAGCAUCAAUAAAUGUUCGGGAGUAUUAGUUGCUUCGGCCAAUGUCCGGUGUAGGUUUUUUGUUGGACACGGUUGUACCCAACAAAUCGAACAAAUCGGAUACUCGAUUGCAUCGUAGGUAAUAGAAAAUGAACAUAUAUUGCGAGUCGUAUAUUUUGUGCAACAGGAAGUAUUCAUAGGCGAUUUAAUUAGCGUUUUUCUACUAGCCGAAAAAGUGGGGAAGAAAGAGAAUAAUAUUAACAACUUUUUUUUUCUACAAAAGUUAACAAACAACACAGGGAAGAAAAUGAUGAUAAUCGAUUAGAAAGUAAUACAACUAAAUCAAACAACAACAAUAAAAAACACACACACAUGGGAGUCGAAUGUAGGAACUGUGCGCAGAUUUUAUUGUAAAUCCUUACAGAAGAGGAAACGUUAUGGAGAAUUUUAAAUUCCUUACAAGGCUGAUGAUAAAUGAGCUUAAUUCUACGACGCGAUGCGCAUUUGUCACGCACACCCGGUCGUGGUGUCGUGCGAAGAACAUAAUUCAAUGCGAAAAACUCCCCCCUAGAAUAGAUUGAUUGUUGUUGUUGUCGUUUGUUUUUUUGUACAUUCUGUUUGUUUGUUGGGAGCUGUAUCGCCACAUUUUAGCCCGAAGGGGUGGAAAAUAGCUUACGACAAAGGAAAGCGAUAUAAGGUUAGGUGAAAUAUACCAUAUGUAAUUUAGUGAGCUAAAUCUAAUCGAAUAGUAGGGGCGGUCAGGAUCAUUCAGCGGUAGAGUAAGAAUCAACAAAAACAACGAAUCUGUGUGUACUGUAACGUUAGAUGGGGGAGUUUUGAGAAGAUCAAACCGGAACGGUGAAUUCUGAACGAUAACAAUGGAUACUAAAGAGGUUAAGGCAGACAGCGCGGAUGAGAUGGGCUGUAAUGAAAAAAAAAAAAAACAAGAAAAAGUGUGUCCUGCGUAACAUCAAAGUGCCUUCAAACAUAUAUAUUUGCAAAAGAGGAAUUAAUACCACAACAAUGCUAGUGCAAAAUAUGUUCAUGCUCCUUUUUUUUAUAUAUAAAACUGCAAGGAACAGCUAGGAUGUAAUGAACGUAAUAUUCAUAUCAGACGGAAGAAUGAAACCUCUACCAAAUGUAAAUAAAACGCAAACAACAAACUGGAAUUCAGAGGAAAACUAUAUACACACGCGUGACAAUAUACGAAAUGGAAUAAUGGAACGAGAGUGAGAAAACCCGAAGAACUGUUGCCAACUGUAUAAACUUCCAAAUAAUGCGAUUGUCGUUAUUAUUAUUUUUUUUUUUUUGAUUAAGAAAGUAGAUAAUCGAUCAUUAACACCGGAAAAUUGAUAAUAAUAAACAAAACAAAGCAUUUAA